GGACAGGACCGGCUGCCUCUCUGAGAGUCGCCUUCUGAGUAGCUUCAAAAUUAGAAAUAUUUAAAUAUAUAUGUGUAGCUUUAAACAUGUAUUUAACAUUUUAUGCAUUUUGCCUAUUUAUAUUUGCAUGUAUCUGUACAUAUGUAAGGUCUAUUUCAUUUCCCUAUUUGAAGAAAAAUACCAAAUCAAUGCCACCCUUUCUCCCAUGCAUGUUUCCCUUCUAGUAAAGGAGGCUCCACCUCUGCUAGGGAUUGAUUCGUCCAGCAGUUUUAGGAUAAUUUAUGAAGCAACCUGAUGAGCCUAUUGGGCGAGUUGCUCGGUCCUUGCAGAGUGGGUUUCUACCUGUUUGGGUGUUUUAUUUUAUUUUUUUUUCCCCUUCCCCUCCCCUCCUCUCCCUCUCCUUUCCGUGUGCCGGGGGGUGGUGGGAUCGGUAGGGUCGCAAUUUCCCAGCCUCUCCGGAGAAAACUCGGGCAAGGGAGAGCGCCUUCACGGCCAUGGAUGCCUGGGGGGGCUCCGCGCCCCGCUGGAUCCGCCGGCUCGGGGCCCGGCUGCUGCUGCUGCUGCUGACCGUGCGCCUGGGCAGCGGAGCUGAUAAAGCAGAUGAUGAGGAAGAUGAAGAUCUAACGGUGAAUAAAACAUGGGUCCUUGCACCAAAGAUUCAUGGUGGUGAUGUAACUCACAUACUGGAUUCCUUACUUCAAGGAUAUGACAACAAGCUUCGGCCAGAUAUUGGGGUGAGAACUACGGUAAUUGAAACAGAUGUCUAUGUUAACAGCAUCGGUCCAGUUGACCCAAUCAAUAUGGAAUAUACUAUAGAUAUAAUUUUUGCCCAGACUUGGUAUGACAGUCGUCUAAAAUUUAACAGCUCAAUGAAGGUGCUCAUGCUUAAUAGCAAUAUGGUUGGAAAAAUCUGGAUUCCAGACACUUUCUUCCGGAACUCAAGGAAAUCUGAUGCUCACUGGAUUACAACUCCAAAUCGUUUGCUUCGAAUCUGGAGUGAUGGAAGAGUAUUAUACACUUUAAGGUUGACAAUUAAUGCUGAAUGUUAUCUUCAGCUUCAUAAUUUUCCUAUGGAUGAACACUCCUGUCCUCUGGAGUUUUCAAGCUAUGGAUAUCCCAGAAAUGAAAUUGAAUACAAAUGGAAGAAAACAUCUGUUGAAGUGGCAGAUCCAAAAUAUUGGAGAUUGUAUCAGUUUGCAUUUGUGGGGCUACGAAAUACAACUGAAAUUUCUCAUACCUUGUCUGGUGAUUAUAUUAUUAUGACAAUAUUCUUUGACCUCAGCAGACGUAUGGGAUAUUUUACUAUUCAGACAUACAUUCCUUGUAUACUCACAGUUGUUCUUUCAUGGGUGUCAUUUUGGAUCAAUAAGGAUGCAGUUCCUGCAAGGACUUCUCUGGGGAUCACAACAGUGCUGACCAUGACAACGCUGAGUACAAUUGCUAGGAAGUCACUCCCAAAGGUUUCCUAUGUGACAGCAAUGGACCUUUUUGUUUCAGUUUGCUUUAUUUUUGUGUUUGCUGCCUUGAUGGAAUAUGGCACCUUACAUUACUUUACCAGCAACAGAAAAGGGGACAAAGGAAAAGAAAAGAAGGCAAAAUCUAAGCCAUCAAAACCACCUGCAAUUGCUGUUCGACCUGGAUCAACACUAAUUCCAAUUAAUAACAUUAAUCAUCUCCCUGAACGUGAUGAUGAUUAUGGAUAUGAGUGCCUAGAAGGAAAAGACUGUGCUAGUUUCUUUUGUUGUUUUGAAGACUGCCGCACAGGAUCUUGGCGAGAAGGAAGAAUACACAUCCGUAUAGCAAAAAUUGACUCCUAUUCUCGAAUCUUCUUUCCAACUGCCUUUGCAUUGUUCAAUCUUGUUUACUGGAUUGGCUAUCUUUAUCUGUAAAUUUCAUAGGUUUGACAAACUCAGAAAAAAGUAAUAAUUGAAUAGUCAUUAAUAUUUUAACUGAGCAAAGAUUAGAGCUGGUCCAAAAUACUCAAAUUUUUUUGUAUGCUUUAAAAAUUUGAAACAAUGAGAGGAAAUAUGAUGAUGUAGUCUCCCUCUUGUGAUCAGCUGUAGAACUGAUACUGGUAUUUUUGAAGAGAACAUUUUAAAAUAAAUACCCCUAAGAUUUAUCGUUCUUGCACACACAUACAUACAUCUUUUUCCAGCUCUAAGAAAAUGCGAAAUCAGAGGCUAUGCUAUUUAACUGAACUAUCCUACAUAAGCUCUCCAUUUUAAUUCUAAAUGACAAUGCAGAAGGAUUUUGUAGCAUCUCUUACACCUUUACAAAGAAAGCCUUAAUUAAAUGGGAUUAGUUACUCUCAUCCAUUUCAUCCUUAAGGUGAUGAUUUUAUUAAUCCCUAAUUUUGAAAAGUUGAAAUGUAACAUUUCUCUUUUCAGCUAUUUGUUCUCUCCAGUAUGUUAAAAAGUUUGAUUAGAUGAUAAUUAAUCAAUUCAGAUUUAUACAGAAUGCAGAUAUAAGAGCAGCAAGGAAUGGAUAUAUCAAAACAACCGAGGAUAAUUCUGAGCUUGUCUUAUUCUGACCAUGUAUAGAGACUUUUGGCUUUCAACCUUAGACUACAUUUUUAUCUGUGCUCCAUUUCCUAUUACUUCAUUUUUGUGAGUUCACCAAAGUUGUCCAAGAGGUCUACAACUUCCAGAAAUUCUUAUCCAGCUGCCAUUGCCUGCUCAUUUAGUAGAAAGCAGACUGAUGUUGGCCCAGAUUCUGGCCAUUAAGUGUAAUGAUCUUCACAUACGCAGUGUUGGAGAAAAAGUCAUAACCCUACAUUUGGAAGAAUUUGUAUCAGCAGAAUUUGGAAGACCUGUAACAGUGCUGUAUUCAUUGUACGCACAUCACUGUGUUAAAGCCCCAGUCCUAAGUGUGCAGUGUGUGGUCUGCUCCCCUUUGCACACAGCAUGGUUUUGUAGAUCUGAUUUGUUACUGCACAUGCCUCUCACUGAGCCUAAGCCAAGUGGAUUGAGGUAUUGAAUGUGUGGUAUGGAUUGCUGGGUAAUUACCUUCUUGCUGUUUGUUUGUUUCUAAUGGAAAAGAUGUGUUAUGGAGGAGCAGUUAAAAUAAUCCUUAUGCAUUGAUGAAUCUUCUCCAAGAUGGGAUAUGUCCCCCCAAAAUCAUAGGAGCAGUUCUUCAUCCCUUCUGUGGUGAGAGCUUUGGUAGAAAUUCUUCAGUAGUAGUCUUUCUGGAUUGACCUCUUGGUGUUGACUAUUGCUGUGUGGCAGCAUUUGAUAUCUAAUUUCUAUUUCUAAAUCCAUUGUCUUCAUUGUGGAAAAAUGCAGUCUUUUCUCCUUUCUUAAAAAGAAACUGGUCUCAAGUGAGCUUGCAAAUAUCACUGUAAAAUUAAUAUGUGCAUUAAGUAAAAGUCGGCAUUACACAGAAGACCUUACAGAUUUUAAAGAGGAUUAAUGGGAUUAGUAUUUGGCUGUAGGUAAGGAUAUUCAGUGCUAAAGAUAAAGACAUGAUUAAUAGCUAAGAAUAGAAAAUGUUACAUUAAGGGCUCUCCCCUUUCCCCCCAAUAUUUCUGUUGAAUAUGCUCCCUCCUCUGAAUUUCUCAGAAAGAAUUACUGUAUUUAUAGUCUAGUUGGUACCAGGCAUAGUAAGAUAUGAUAUACAAUACACAUUUCAAAGGAAAUGUUAUUCCAGUGUUGAGCCCCAAAGUUUAAUAGAGAAUGUGCAGUUGUAGUGGAAGUGUGACAGAAAUCCAAUUUUAAUGAAAACUUUAUUUCAGUAUUUAGCUGAUGAAAUACAGGAGUUCUUGAGAGCAGAAAGCCCAGAUGAUGAGUAUGACUGAUGAGUAUGGCUGGCAUUAUUUGUGGUAUGACCUUUCUGAGUACCAGUUCCUCUUACUGUUGGACUGAAUAUAGAAGUGCAGUACCAUUAAGACUGAUCUGCUAUAAUUUAUUGGGUUUUUAGAGUCUCAAUUUCAUAGUGUUCAGUCCAAAAGAAACAUGUCAGUUUUUAUUCCAUAAUGUAGGUUGAUGCUUUCUGACAGCAUGCUGAACAUUCCUCUGUAGGAGGGAUGAAGGUGGCUUCAGCAGUACGUCGGAUAUGUGCUUGAAAAGCAGUCAGCUUGCUGUACAAUGCAAGGCCCAGAUUUAGUGAGUUCCUGAGUUUCAUUAAUUCACCUUUAAACAAAGGAAACUUAAAAGAAUUUGGCACCUCACAAGAGGAAAUACAAAUUUCACAGCCUGCUCUCCUCUGGCUCAUCUAGUUAGCUUUUUCUAUUCAUGUGGUUGUCAGUUGCCAAUCAGCCUCCAGUGACUGAAUUGGAGAACAGAAAACAUUCAGAAUUGGCAAGGGAUGGAUAAGAGGUCUUUCAUCUCUAAUUUCUAUGGAACAAUGUAAUGGAGUAUUAAACCUAUUGAGUGUUAUGGCUGUUUGGCUUAUGGAUACACUUGCUUCUGUCUGUUGACAAACUUUUCUGUGUACUUCAUUUGCUUCUGAUGAAAUAAUUUUAGUUUCUCAUAGUACUGUGAGUGCAAAUAGGAAUGCGAUUGCAGUGAAAUGUAUAUAAUAAAUGGAUUAUUUUAGUCCUAUGAUUUGUUUUUACAAUUUGCAUGUAAACACUUGAUUUCAAGAAAUCUAAGUGAUACUUUUUAAAAUGACAAAAACCAGACAGUAUAAUUGAAUGGAGUUAGAUGCUGCGAUAAUUUUUCAAACUUACCUAGGUAAAAAGUUUGUUUACUCCUAGCUGGGAUCACAUUUUUUGGGAGUCAUAUUAUGCUGACCAUUACUGCAUAAGCACACACUUAACCAUAUUCCUAAUUACUACUGUUAUUAAACCAGAAUUCAGAAAAGGGUGUUCUUAUGUACUGUCAUUAAGAGUGAUGCUAUCAUGAAUCGAUGCCAUUAACACAUGCUUAAUUUGCACUAAUUUCAAUAAUGAGUGUUCAGUAGCUCAAAUAAUUGAACAUUAAGGAUCUGAGCCAGAGCCUUUUCAAUAAGAGAUUUUCUCAUUGAAAGAGAGGGACAUAAGAGGAGAAAUUGCUGUAAAGGCAGAGAGGGAUACAAAUUCUGGGAAAACUGUUUUAUACUGCACCUAUCUUUGGCUUCUCUUGAAAUGUAUUUUUCAAAAAAGAUACUUUUCCUUGAUAUUUCUGUAUUAGUGUUUACCAGUUGUCUGUUUUAUUAGUGAAUACAGAUCAGCGUGUUAUUUUUUGGUAAGGUUCUGUCUAUGAUUGUACCCCACUGAUCUUUAGUGCAUGUCUUCUGCGUCUGAAUAAAUCUGUUUUAUGUAGUGGCAGUGCGACCAAAGCAUGAACUCUGGGUAAUAUAUUUAAUAUUCACAUGUUGAUGUGUUUCAAAGACUUUAACCUUAUCCAAUUUUCUGGCAUUCAGAAAUAUAGGAUUAUGUAAGUCUUUGAAGGAGAAUCACCUUCAACAGUAUUUUUAUAAAUUUCUCUUCUCUAUUUGGUAUGGUAGUAGAACAUUUGUUUAAAAUUGAUAUAUGAACUGUGCUUUGUAAUUUGCAAACACCUUACAAUUGAAAGUGAACAGGAGGAGUCUGGAUUUAAAUAUCUAUCUGCUUAAAGGAAGAUAUGUUAGAUUUAAUUGUAUCAGUCAUAAUUUAUGUCUACUGUUUCCAAAUAGCUGAGAACUAGUGCAAAUAGCAAAUACAUUUUUCUGUUAGUAUAAAUAUUUUUGUAGAAUUCAUUGUAGUUUCUCUCAGUUGUCUGUUAAAUGUGAUCUUUCAUGUAUAUGAAAUAAUAUUGUAUUUUUUAGUCAUUAUAAUAGAUGGAGAAGAUAGAAACUAUUGGGGAAUUCUUUCUGAAAAAUACAAAGCCAGGAAUCAGAAAGAAUUACUGUGCUUCUGUUCCUAAAAAAGCUCAGUGGAUGUCCACAUGCCUCAUGAAUGUGCUUCAGGAGGAGACUGACUCACAGGAAGUGGUAGAAUAGGGUCCAGACUGUAGAAAAGGCUUUUGCAUUGGUUCAUGCCAUGGAUUUCCUACAAAAGUGGUUCAAGUGGAGGAAAGGAAUAGAUCUGCCCUAGUUUUUUCAGCGAUCUCUCGUUUCUGCUUAAUUUCAGUCAGCAACAGUAAUUCUAAUGCUCUGUUGACAGAUGAAACAAAAUGUGAAAAAUUAUCUUUAUAUUGCUCUUAGUUAGAGUUAAUAUUUCCCACAGAUGGGUGGGAUCAUCUAACUGAACACACAAGAUUAUGACCAAGUUUUUCUCUAAGACAGGUGGUGGGAGUUUGCAUCUGGAGGCUGAAGGAUGGCUUGUUGUGAUGGGCAUUUUUCAUUCAGUUGGGAAUCUGCACUGAAAACUGGUAGGAGGAAAGGAAACAAUGGUAUGAGGGAAAGAUUGAUGGUGGCAGUGAUCCCAGAAUCAAGUUACAUGGAUCUGAAUGACUUAUAUUUAGUUCAUAGGUUUCUCAGUUGUAUUUGUGAUAAUACCCUUGAUUUCCUUGCAAUAUAAUUAAAUAUUUCUAAUGUUUUAAAUAAAAAGGAAAAUAUUGUAUUUCCUAUGCAGUAACUACAGACUGAAUUAGCAAUAGAAAAUUAUCUUGAACAUUCUGGUGAAAUGUUGAACAGAAAACAGAGAUCAGGUUGAAUGAUAAAAAGCUUUUUUUUUUUUAAAUCUCCAUGUAUUAUUUGACAUAAAUGAAUUUUUAAAAUUAUUCAUUAUUAAUUAGUGCAGUAGGCACUGGGAAAGGCCUAGUACCCAGUCUAAAUUGCUAUUAAUCCCCUCAAGGGCUAAAAUAUUUGGGAAUAGAAACUUGACUCAGACUGCACUCAGUUAUCAUCCCCUAUUUCCAUCAGGAAUUGAGAAAGAUGAAUUGUGAUUGUGCCAAACAUGAACUAGAUAGCUGGGAUGCUCCAGGGAGGUUGGUUUCUGGUUAAAAGGAAGGGUCAUUUCUGCCUGAGACUGUCACAGUUAGUUUUUGGAUGUUAUGAUGCUAGUGAAAAUGCAGCAAAUAAACUUUUGAUUUUACUUACUAGUAAACCUCACUGAGAAAGCCAGAGAGCUUUAGCAGAAAUCUUAGAUGGCUCUUGGAGACAGGAGAUUGGCUAAAACUGAAGAAGACCAAAUGAUAUAGCCCUUUCUACCUUAGCUGGGUCCUGUUCACCAGCAAUAGGCUGAUUCUGAAAAAAACUGUGACAGUGUCAUGGUAUUUUAAGGAAAAAAAAAAUCUUUAAAAUUCUUAUUCCUCUUCUCUGUGACUAAUCUUGCUCUGCCUGCAGACUGUGCUUUUGGUACAUCAGUCUCACUUAAGAUGUGUGAGGAGAGCCAUGGGAGAUGUAGGACAGAAAACCUGUAAACUGUUCUACCUUGUUCUUUCUCAGUUACUUUUCUUAGUCAAGAAAAGACGUUCAGAAGGGUAGGCGUAUGGCAUGUGCAAAUGAGGACAAUUUUUCUACUGACAACAGGGCCUGAGUCCCACUGACAGGAUCAAGAGGGAUGAGACUCUGUUCACAGUAAUAAGGCUUCUCUUUUGUAAUUCUUUGUAGUACCUACUUUUCCAUACAUCACUUCAGGCCUACCUGAGAUUCAAAAUAUUUUUCGGGUUGGAAGUAAUUCUUUUGUGUGUUUCUGGUAACACGCAGUAAUUCUCUGUGUGUUUCAUACAAUGUCUUUAUCAUCAGGGUUUGAGCAUUGCUGAAUUCAGAAGGAAAAGUUUCCUCUUGAAGUUUCCUUGUCCAGGCACUGCAGGUGGGAGAUGUCUUCCUGCCAAACAUUGGAAAAGUGAUUUUCAGUUGAUCCUGCUAAGGAGACAGACUGGCUCUCUGGGGUGGCGUUAGGAUUCCUACGUCAUUUAGACCUGAGAAGGUUGAAGGAGUUUAAAGUCAGCAGUGUUAAUGACCAGCACUGCCUCCACAGAGAAUGUAUUGCUUUUGCCAAUUUGAUAUUUAAAAACAAAAUCCAAAACUGUUACCGUAGGUGGAAAAUGAGGAUGAGUCAUCAUUUUACUACAGAUAUAUAUUUCCCCUUGAAUUGUUUUUCUUCCUUAGUUAGAUGGUAUAUAGGAGUCUUUUGGCUUGUGAAAUAUUCAGAAAAGAGGUGAUGACCAUUUUAAACACUGAAGACAUGUUAGUCCAUCUGCCAACAAUGGUCUAAGAACAGCAGAAAAGAAAGCACUUGCCCUAUAGUUCAGAUUUCCCAAGAAGGAUAAAUAUGGAAAUUUGCAUAUUCAUAGGCCCAGUAUUAAUAUAUAAUCUGUGUUCACACUUAAGUCACUGAAAAAAAUCCUAAUGGUUUGUUAGUCUUCACAGUAUCUUUUGUAUUUCCCACUGUUGCCCACUACAAACACUUGGACACUUUGUCUGAACAUGAAGAGUUGUGUUGGGAUACCUUUAAUUAGAUUUUAAAUUGCUAUAGAUUAUACUUCAGAAUCUGGUAGUCCCAUGGUGAUUUCUAUAUUUAAAAAAUUGAAUACUUUUACUUAAUUUAUCCAAGCAUAAUACUGCUAUAAUUUGUAUUUCCCUGCAUGAAAGUUUCAUAAACAAUUGCAGUUUAUGGUCUGAUAACAUUUGUUGAUUUAUGAUGUGUCUCAGUAUUAACCAUAUUGAGGGUACAGUAUUCAAAUGCACAAUAAUCCAAAUAUCUUUCUUGCCAUCUAUAGUUCACAUAAUGUUUCAGUUACUCAGACUUCACUUCUUACUAGUACAUCCUUGGUUUUUAUUCAAUAUUUAAAAAAAAAUGAUGAUAUUUUUAACUACCUAAGUGAAUAUUUAUACUAUGCAUUUAAUUUGAUAGUGUUUUGGCACCAAUGGUCAAUGUUGCAAUAUUAUGCAUCAGUGUUCCUUUUAAAGUUAUUUAUUAAUGCCCUUGUGGAUAACUUAUUGUAAGAAAUAUGGAAUAUAAGAUAAAUGCUAUAAUUCUCUGUGAUGCUUCUAAAGUUUAUAUAUAAAGUAUGUGAUACUGAAGCAAAUUUAUUCUUCCAUUUCAGUUUUCCUUCCAAAAAUAUCCUUAGUUGGGGUAUUAUUUUUAUUUUUAUUAUCAUUGCUAUUAUUUUUAUUAUUAUGCUGAUAUUUACAGUUCUAUUUAGUUAUUUGGCACUUUUCCAGUAGUCUUGGAAUGUAUUAAUCCAUUAUUAUAUUCAAUUACCUGGAAACAUCAAGGCAUCCUCACAGUCUUUCAAUGUGAUUAAGCCAUGGCUUCUUCAGCCUCUCUUAAAAUGCCAUAAUCUUUUGUGUGCAAUACCAAAACUAAAGCAUUUUCAGGUAUUAAAUUGAGUUUUACUUGCUUUCCAGUUUUGAAAAAGUCUGUCUGCUGGGUUACAAUGAAACACUGAUAUAAUAAUUUUUAUAUUUGACAAUACUAUUAAUGAGCAUGGCUGAACCAGAAGACUUCAGAGGUGAUAAGCAGAUGAUGCUCUUGGCUAAAUCCCAUGUACAGCUACAAUGGGCAUUACAGAAAUUACAUUGGCAAUGGCAACAACAUAUAUAUAUAUAUAUGUAGACUGGAAAGCAAGAUAUAAGAACGUAUACAUCAGUUUCUGAUUUUCAUUUUAACAAGCUUUCUCCUGCCAAUAAAAUUUAUAUUUUAAAUGUGACCAAAAAGGUCAUAAAAAAACCCCACUUAAGAUUUGUACAUUUGGAAUGUAGGAGUAGUUCAGAAGCUUAAAAUAAUUAUGGGUUUUUGUUUGAUGGGUCUUGUGGAUUAAUUUUUAAUUUUACUUCUUUUUACUGAAGAAGAAAGAGAGAAGAGAUAGGCAAUGGUAUCACUAAAGGUAAAUAUGAAAAUACCAUCUAGGUGGAUAGUAGAUUUUCAUACCUAUUUGGAGCAGAUAUGGAGCAAAUUUCCUCAUUUAUUUCUGCAUUUGCAGAAUAGAUGGAUUCUGCUCUCUGUUUUCAGAUCUCUGUUGAUAUCAUGGUAAAAGAUAGACUCAGAAUUUUGCAUUUUUUAGUAUACUCUUAGAUUUUGGAUACCUUAUUUUCUGAUGUGCGGUUUAAGACAUGAAAGAAAAAAAAAAUCGCUUUUCAGAAGUUUAGCCCUUUCUAAAAAUUAUCCCUUGAGCAUUCAGCUUCAAGUACUUCAAAAAUAGUAACUAGGCAUCACUGAGUGUUUGAAAUAAAUUAGAUUGCUAUAGAAUAGUGCAGAAAGUUCAAUUAUGGUUCAAGGAUAGAAUUUUGUAGCCUUUGGGGGAAUUUUCUUUCUUUUUUUUUUAAAUUUUGUUGACAUGUGGGGAGAUGGGAAAGCAAAGAGACAGAUUUCAUCCUAUGGUUGCUUGGUUUUCUUUUGUUUUCAGCAGCAUAACUCAUGCAGUAUCUCAGCUGCUAAAAGCUGAUUUUCUGGAAGUGCAAACGAGACGUUGAGACUGGUAACAAGAACACUAAUAAUAAGCUCAGAAAGGAGAUGUUUAUGGCCUCAUUAUCAGAAGGGGCUUGAAGGCACAAGGCUUUGGAAACAGAAAUUCUGAAGUAAUGUUAUGAGAAAGAGUUGGAUUAUAAGGACCUCUAGAGAAAAAAAUCUCAGAAACCUUUUAUCAGAAGACUAACAGUGGUUUGAAGGAUAGGUUUUAUGGUUCAUAACUCUACUGUGAAUGUUAAUGUCUAUUGAAUUGUCAUAUAAAUGUUGCACUAGUCCUUGUGCAUUGAAAGGAAAUGUGCUUGCACCCUGGUGCAUGGUUCAUACAGAUGUUACUGCGAUGUAAUCUGUAAUCUUCUAAAUGUAAAAUUCUGAAAGCCAUAGUCGUAAAAAAAAAAAAAUUAUGCCCCACCAUUGAAUAACGUGUUCUGUGCAAAAUGAGUAGAUGUUUGUAUUCUGAUGUCUCUUAAAUUGAUAAGAAUCAAGAGAGUUUCAACACUGAAUUUUGUGACAAAGUUGUAAUGCACUUGUUUAUACUGUAUCUGCUGUGAAGUUGAUUAGUUACACUGUGAAAAAAUAAAUAGUGCCUGGGUA